AGUCAGAGGUGGCAGCCACUACACAGCUGUUUAGUGUUGGAAAAUAACAACAAGCCAAACAGAUGAUUGCGAAAAUCAGCUGGUCGAAGAACAACAUAACAAGCGAAUGCUUCCGGCGGAUUGGAUCUUUUAAAACACGCUCAAAAGCCAAGAAAAUGUCGGCAUUCAUCGAGGAAACAAAGAGUCUGCUGCCGCGGAUCGCCUUCAUAGCCUGCGGAUGCUUCAGUCCACCCACACCGAUGCACCUUCGAAUGUUCGAGAUUGCCAAAGACCACUUCGAAAUGCAGGGUACCCACAGAGUGGUGGGUGGCAUCAUCUCGCCCACCCACGAUUCAUAUGGCAAGAAGGGUUUGGCCUCUGCCUUGGACAGAUGUGCCAUGGUGAAGCUGGCCACCCAGAGCUCCAGUUGGAUCCGGUUGUCCGAUUGGGAGGUGCACCAGAAUCAGUGGAUGCGCACGCAAGCGGUGCUGCAGCACCACCAGAACUAUAUCAAUAACCACAUUAAUUCCGGUGGAGCAGGCGGAGAUGAUGAGCCGGACACUCAUUUAGCCGGAUGGCUGCCUCGCGGUUUGCACGACAGUCGGGAUCCUGUACAUCUGAAGCUACUGUGCGGCGCCGACCUACUAGAGUCCUUUGCCGUUCCAGGCCUGUGGGCUGAAGCCGAUAUUGAGGACAUUGUGGCUAACCAUGGUCUGGUGGUUAUCACUCGGGCCGGCUCAAACCCCGGAAAAUUCAUCUUUGACUCCGACAUAUUGACCAAGUAUCAGAGCAACAUUACGCUAAUCACUAAUUGGGUGCCCAAUGAGGUGAGCUCUACGCUCAUUCGGCGGCUCUUAGGACGCGGUCAGUCGGUCAAGUACCUUCUAGACGACCUGGUGUUGGAGUACAUCAAGCGCCAACGAUUGUUUAACUUUAAAUCGCGGGAUGCAGCGGCUCCGACCGAUUGCGACUCCUGACGCGCUUUGCACCUGAAAAAGAAGCCCUCGUCGCCCACACGCUUUCCAACCCACCAGCACCGAAAAUCGCACCACUUGCCCCACCAGCACCAACAGCUGUUUGAGCCGUGGCGUCUCUACAUGGAGCGUGAGUGAGCCGAGCAGAUCACAGUUCAAGUUCCUUUUUAGCAGUGAUUCUUUUAAUGCAUGUAUAUUUUUGACAAAUCUUGCUCCUUGUAAAUACCCUUGUUAAAUUAGCCAUUGUUUUCCGGUGGUCAGUGUGCGUAUCAUCUACUUACACCGAAUUGUUGCCAAAAUGUAGUCCCAUUAAACAAUAACCUUAACUUUGUUGCUAUUGUACUGACCAUGCCCGCCUAACCCGUGGAAUGUAGUAAGUAUAUAACGGAUGCAGUGCGUCCCAACCAUUUGCUCUUUAACCACGCCUAUACGGACAACAACAAGAACGCGAACAGCUACUCCAUAGACGACCAGCUGGAG